CGGGUUGCUUCUGCUACGGCGCCUGACAGUGCCCCAGAUCGCCGGAGAAGAAGCAGUUGCAUAGGCACAGGGGCACGAGGCGCGCUGCUGUCGGACGGAAGUUGCUUGACGAUGCAGAUCUUGUGGUUGAUGGUGACUCUGGUGCCCGCCAUUUUGGCUGACACACCAGCGAAUUGCACUUUUAAUGACGUUGCCGGAAAGUGGGUCUUUUAUGAGGGGUCCAGAAUCCAUAAUGGGUCAAUUGACUGCACAACUAUGGUAUCCGUGGUACGGAAGCUGCGUGUGAACCUGAGGUAUCCUAACGUGGCUAUCGAUGAGUUUGGGAACCGUGGUCAGUGGACAAUGAUCUACAAUGAAGGCUUCGAGGUCACGGUCAACCAAAGGACAUACUUCGCAUUUUCAUAUUUCACAAAGGAAUCAUCAAAUAUCACCAGCUACUGUGACCGAACAUUCCCAGGCUGGUCCCAUGACGUCACAUUACGUCACUGGGCUUGCUUCCAAGCGCAAAAGCAGAGUCCAGUACCACCAAAAGUGCACUGCAACCCAUUCCACGAAAUGACCAAGGGCAAUGAGUUAGUUUCUCUGGAAAAACUUGAGCAGCUGGUGAACAACAUAAACAGGGCACAAACGUCUUGGAGAGCAGAGGUACAUCAGCCAUUUAUUGGGAAGACGCGAUAUGAAAUGCUGAGGAUUUGUGGAGGGAAAAGGUCAUGGCUGGCACACCGUGUCUCUCCAGCAAGAGCCAGUGUGGCAUUGCAAUCAGCAGCGGCAGAAUUACCACCGGCUUUUGAUUGGCGGAAUGUGAGUGGCAUCAAUUUUGUGUCUCCUGUAAGGAACCAGGGUGGGUGUGGCAGUUGUUACGCCUUUUCAUCCAUGGGUAUGCUGGAGUCACGUCUGCGCGUGCAGACUAACAAUACUCUUCAGGUGCAAUUGUCUCCUCAAGAUGUCGUCAGUUGCAGCCAACUGUCACAGGGCUGUGACGGGGGUUUCCCCUUCCUCGUGGCUGGCAAGUAUGCCAUGGAAUUUGGUGCUGUAGAAGAGAAAUGCAACCCAUAUGUGGGGGGAGGUGGGGCCUGCACUGGACGCACCUGUCUCAAGCACUAUACAGCAAGUUAUGGAUAUGUUGGAGGUUAUUAUGGUGCAUGCAAUGAAGAGCUGAUGAGACUUGAACUGGUGCUCAGAGGGCCCAUAUCUGUAUCAUUUGAAGUGUAUCCAGACUUUGAGAACUACAAAAGUGGCAUUUAUCACCACACUGGGCUUGGAGGAUUCAAUCCUUUUGAGAUAGUAAAUCACGCAGUCCUCUUGGUUGGAUAUGGUGUAAAUGAAACAACAGGAGAGAAGUUCUGGAUAGUGAAGAACAGUUGGGGUGAAGGCUGGGGAGAGAAUGGAUUCUUCCGAAUACGACGGGGAACAGAUGAAGCUGGCAUAGAAAGCAUAGCAGUACAUGUUACACCUAUACCUUAGGCUUGUGAAGAGCAGACACAUGAAUCUUAUCUCAUUGUCUAUGUUCAUUUGUUUAGUUACGUGAAUAUAAUGAGGUAUGAAUCUGGA